UCUUUGGUUUACAUCAUAGACAGUUUACAUCGAUACAACGCGGCAGGGAACCGGAAUUUGUUGUUUUAGCCUUUUUUCUUCUUAUACCGAGAGACAUUAAGGUGGAACAGCAAAAGUCUCGCUUCCGACUGAGAUUUACCCUGUAGAGAACAUUAAACCUAUUCUUUACGAUGUGAAGGGAUGUUGUUUAUCUUAAUGCUUGAUUUACGUCACAACCUGCCGUAGCUGUCAGUUGAAAGUCAAAAUCAUCAUAAAGGUGAGCUCCCUAAGUCAGGGUAGUUGUUCCAAAUCAUCACAAAAAGAUGAGCCAGGAGGUAUCCAUCCAUAGUUGGCCCGGCUCUUAUUACAUCAACAGUGAGAAACGGUGGGCCAGUGGCAUUCUCUCCUUAACCCGCACCACCCUGCGCUUCACCUCUGAGGAGAAACAAGAGAAUCUGACUAGCCUGAGGCUCUCGCGAAUCAUGGAGAUCAAGAUGGAGUCCUCCAGCUUAAUCUUUAGUGCUCUUACUGUGUUGGAGCAGGGAAACAUCAAGCACUGGUUUGGGUCUCUCAGGCCUUGCCGUACUACCGUUUUCCACGUGCUAGUGCACUUCUGGAGGGAACGGCUGCUGUCACCCACAGAGCCACAGGGAGCUGAAGCUCCUCUCAGUAAGGGCCAGGAGCUGAUCAGCCUGAUGUCUGGAGCCCAACGGAGGUUGGAGGAUACUGGAAAAGUCCUGAACCACCAGGGAGAGCAGUUUGACAACAUGAUUCAGGGCCUGGACAAGAUUGAAUCAGACCUGAGUGUGGCAGAUAAACUACUCUCCGAACUGGAGUGUCCGCCUUGGUGGCCUUUUGGCAAACUGCCAUGGAAGAGCCACCAGGAGGCCAAGUCUGAAGCAGCUGCCAAGGUGUCCUAUACUAAAGGUUCAGGCAAGGGCCAAAAAGUCAUACUCAGCAUUCCAGCUAUUAUCUCUCGUGUUGGAAACUCUGAAAACAUGAAACCAGGUAGCCUGGUGGUUUCGGUCUCUUCUCUGGAGGUUCGAGAUGCAAACGGACAGCUCCUUCAUUGCUUUGAGAAGGAAGAGGUGGAUGAUAUCCAUGUGCACAACCCCUACGAGAUCAGUGUUCGGCAACGCUUCAUUGGGAAACCUGACAUCUGUUUCAGAGUUCUCUCUGCCAGGAUGACUGAAGCUUUAUCUAUAUUGGAGAUGCAGUACAAGAAGAAAGUUGAGAUCACACGUGACUAUGCAGCAUUUCAGGCAACUUUGGCAACCACACCAGGAAGCCCAGAAGGUGGAGGAAACAUUUGGAGUGCAGGUCAUGGAAAGGAUACAGAGGUGCAAGUGGAGGUGCCUGCUGGUGAACUGACACAACUUCAACUUCAAGUGCUUCAGCCCACUGUUACUGAGGCAGAGGCACAGGAGCUAAAACAGAUGCUCCAGCAGCUGAAGAAUCUUGCCCUGGAGGCUGAGACAGAGCUGGAGCGUCAAGACGAGGCUCUGGAUCUAUUAAGUUGUUCUACCGACCACACCACUAUGAACAUUAACAGGCACACCAGCCGCAUGAGGAAACUGCUGUGAACGUAAUGCUUAAUGCCAGAUUAAUG